UAAAGCGAGAUAACGGGCCGUGGACAGCGGGCUAAAACUUUUUAUUCUUGACAUACCAGAGCAAUGACUUUUGUGUAAUUACGAACAUGGGACACGGAUCCCAGCGAAGGAAUUAGGGUCUGUGGAAGAAGAGAGAGAAGCUCUGAUUUUUUUUUUUUUUUUUUUUUUUUUUUGGGUGUGGAAAACCGGACGGCGCAUUCACAGUAGAUUCUGAACAAGUUUGCCUUUUCCAGAAGUAACAGUGGAAGAGUAAAAGUUACAGUAACAAUAUGAGCUUGCUGUCUGCUAUAGACACCAGUACCUCAGUGUACCAGCCUGCACAGCUUCUCAACUGGGUUUACCUUUCUUUACAAGACACGCAUCAGACGAGCGCCUUCGAUGCCUUCCGACCCGAGCCCAACUCUUCCCAUCCGGACCUGAACUACAGCAAAUCUCCUGCCAAUGACCUGAGCUCCUCUCUCAACUCCAACUAUCUCAACAACUUCUUUCAGCUGCAGAGGAAUGAGGCCCUGAAUAAUGGUUUAUACAAAAGUGUGUCCCCGUACGGCUCUCUUAACAACAUAGUGGACGGGCUGACCUCUCUAACGGACCACUUCUCCGACCUCUCCCUGUCCUCUGAGCCACGCAAGCCCAGCAAGAGACCUCCACCAAACUACCUGUGCCAUCUCUGCUUCAACAAGGGACACUAUAUCAAAGACUGCCCGCAGGCAAGACCCAAAGGUGAAGGACUGACUCCAUACCAAGGCAAGAAGAGAUGCUUCGGUGAAUACAAGUGCCCUAAGUGCAAGAGGAAGUGGAUGAGUGGAAACUCCUGGGCUAACAUGGGACAGGAAUGCAUCAAAUGCCAUAUCAAUGUUUAUCCUCAUAAACAGCGUCCUUUAGAGAAACCCGAUGGCCUGGAUGUUUCCGAUCAGAGCAAGGAACACCCGCAGCAUCUGUGCGAGAAGUGCAAAGUCCUGGGCUACUACUGCCGCCGUGUGCAAUAAGGAAGAUCCCGAGGUCGUCUCCACCCUUUUCCAUCGCUUAACCUACCAAGUGCUCCAAGAAAAAGUGAAAAGUGCCAAAAUAUUCAUGUAAAUAUCUCUAUCACUAGUAACGGCUUUGUCUAUAAAGCAAUAUGUGAUGCAUUUAUUGUGUAUAAUGGACAAAUGAAUAUGGUUGGGGCAGUAUUUCUAUCUGUAUGGGACGCAGUGGAUUACCUCACCAUUGCGUCUCCUGAUUGUGUGUUUACAGACUCUCCCUUCAUUCUCCCUGCCAAGUGAACUAUAAGGAUGUGCCAAGCACUAAAGGUGUCAUGUUAGUUUGCUCAAACAAGGGCCCAGUGUGCCUUUGCAGAGUUUUUGGGUCAAUAGCACAUCAUAUUAACUGUGAAUUAACAGAGGGACAAUGGACUUUCCGUCCCUAGCUUUUGUGUGACAUAUUUAUUUAUGUUUGUAUAUCGUUUCACAGUGCAAUUGAAUUAACUAAACUGGGAUAAUUUCAUCUGUGUUUGUAUCUGGACAGGUAUUGUCUAACCCCACCUCUUGCCAUUAGAAACUACUGUAGAAUAGAACUUUCUAAUGCUUCGGAUUAGUGCGUCAGGUAGUUUAUAUCUUUCACGUACACGCUUUGAAUUGCCAAAUGUGAGAUAUUUUUGUCAAGUUGGCUAAGUGCAGCCCUGGAGGCACCCAUAACAUUUGAACUGAUUUGUUGGAAACUAUGCAAAACCAUUGCAGCUAAUGCAGAGUCAUCAGUUCCUUUACAUUGCUGCGCAGUCAAAUGAAGUGUGUGG